GAUUCACUGCUGAGUUCUCUGGAAACUCUGCAUUCCUCCUCAGUCUGUAAGAUCCUCAGACCGGGAAAAGAACUCGUGUCGGACAUUUCUCCUUCAUAUCUCUUACAUUUCUCUUAACACUUUGUUUUUCAGGUUCUGUCGUUCUUUUACCUUUGUUUCUUUCAUUCAAGCUGGUCAGCGCAACUAAGUGCCCCACCUCCUGUGGUUACAAGUGGCCAAUGCCGUCCUGCUCCAGCCAUCCAUGGCGCCGCUUGUAGCAGGCCAUUCCUCAAAGUGUCAGGAGGACGAGGCUUUUUUGACGGUGCAUCCACAGAGCUGAGCAGAGAGUCUGCACUCACGUGCAAAGCUAAAGAAGCAGAUUUUGGACACCAGAAAAGACAGGAAUGGGACCUCCUGACUGCCCCACUGGAAAAGUUGCUUAAGUUAAUCUUAAAUCUAGUCCAUUUAUUUCUCUAUGCUUUUGUUACUAAAGUCAUUUUAUCAUCAUGAUAUCAUGAUAAUAGUACAAUCACACUAUAUCAGGUAGAUUAGUUUGCUCAUUUUAAGAAAUGACUUUGAUUUGACUUUGAAAUGUACUGGAGUGAAAGUUAAAAGUUGCCUAAAAUAGAAAAACUUCAGUGCAGAUACACAAAAAAUACUUAAGUACAGUAAAGAAUUAGAUUUACAUAAAUACAGUUACUGUCCACCACUGAUUUUAAAUGUGAUCAAAUGAACCUUUAGCAUUACAAAGUAAGUGCUGUAGGUGUUGAUACUCUGUGAAAAUGCAAUUAUGAUUUGAUGUAUUAUUUAUUUGAAAUACAUAUUGUGUGAGUGUCUGCAGACGUACAUGGUUAAUGUACAGUACAAUGCAGAUCACAGAUGUCAAUUCUGUUCAUUCAGUUCAUUUAUAUUUAGUUGCAUCUGUAACAUUUAUUAAAAUUGCAUACAAAAUAUGAAAAAAUGCAAAUGAGGUCAUUUAAAAAUAUAUUUAACAAAUACAUUUUUGGCCAUUUUCACACACAGAGAUAUACGUGGUAAACACAUUUAGGACAUGUUUUUUUCCAUAUGGGAUAAUGGUGUUUUAAAGGAUGUAGUUUACAUAGUUUAAAGUGUGUAAUAUGCUUUUUUAUUAUGUGUUUUUCCUAUUUUGACUUAAUCCCAGACCUGUGUCCCUACUGACAUACACAGGGCCUUUCUAGAUGACCUUUGCUCUCACCGCUCCCUCUGAAGAUAACCCUUUUGGGCCACAUGGGCUUCAUGGCACUGUACUGCAUCCUGUGUCUGGUCAUGCCGACUCUUUUGCAUGGAGAGAUCACGCUGGCCUGCGUGCGUGAGCACAGCCCCUUCAUCUGUGUGUGCACACAGGACCUGGUAGCGUGCAGCAUCAUCAAUUCCAGCGAGUGUGACUGCGUUGACCACCCACUCUCCAUGCCACAGCAGCAGGCCGAAGGACCCGGCACAUUGCAAUACAAGCGGUUGACUGUGUGGUACACAUCACCACUCAACGUGGCACGGCUACUGAACAACUCAGAGGUUCGGCACCUGGUGCUGGUCAAGUGCGACCCGACCGAGGAAGAGCUGCCACCCCUCGACCACUUUGUUGUGCGGAGGCUGGAGAGGCUGAGUGUGUCGUAUCCAUUCUUGAGGCCUGGACAGAUCCAUGACGUGGUGCUGGGGAGGGAAGUGGGAGCACCGUACCAUGAGGAAGCGAGGAUAGCUGUCAUUCACACAGCUGUGUUGGCGGGGAAGGCCGAGCUUAAAGCCUACACAGUGAAAACCGAGGUGGACAGCAAGGGCAUGAUGUCCUUUCCCAACGUAUUUAUGUCUCAUGAAGGGCUUCCAGAGAUGACCAGAAUGUUUGUGACUUUUGUCUAUUGAGUGGCAUUUGGAUGUUAUCGUUUCUGGAGCUGACUUUCCUCCCUCGCUUGUGUUUCAUGUUCACAGUUUGUGCGAGUCUUGGGAAAAGAUUCUCAGGAUAUCGGAGGAUGGACAGAUGGUCGACAUUAUUAAUUUAUGCAAAUGGUACAGUUUCU